GAAGACGAUAGUUGCGGGAAAACUGAAGUGGCUGCUUGCUGUGUUGAUAACUCCAAACUGUAAGAAAACAAGCUUUUAAAAAAUCACCAUGAAAACCCCAACAACCACCGAUGUGAGGAAGGGUAUUUCAGUCCUUUGGGAGACGCUGCAGUGUCCCAUAUGCUUGGAUUUAAUGACUGAACCUGUUUCUACUAAGUGUGACCAUCAGUUUUGCAAAUUUUGUAUGAUGAAACUUUUGGACAACACCAAAAACAACAAGGCUGACUGUCCAGUGUGUAAAACCAAAGUAACCAAAAGGAGCUUGCAGGAGAGUCCUGGGUUUCAGAGACUUGUUGCAGGAUUGCAGGACAUGAUACAGGCAUAUGAACAUGACACCGGCACCAACUACUUCACUGGAAUGUCCCAGCAGAAAGCACAACUGGGAGUCACAGAUGCUGAAGCUACUGAACGUUGUCCCGAUAAGUCAUCCGUAGAUACACCUGACAACGUGGAAAAUGUCGACAAUGAUGAUCCUUUAAGGUCUCACUCCUCGACUAUAGCAGCCCAGAAUGGAUUUGCAAAACUGAUGGGACUUGAAGACACAAGUCCUAUGACGACAGAAAUUGAAGGCCUGGACAGUGGACUUGGUGAGGCCCCACCAACGAAAAUGCACAGCCCUACGGAUCAUUUGGAACCAGUGGAAACAGAGAUGUCAGAAGUUGUGGAAACCUCAACACACAAAACGAGAGGCAAAAUAAGAUUCCGCAAAUCGGAGAAAGCCUCCCUUCCUUCAUCAUUAAUUCCAGACGAGACCGAACACCAACCUUUAAGAAAGUCCUCAAGGAAGAAGCAGAAAAAGGAUUCGGAGGCCGACAAGAUUCUGGAGGAAAAACAGAAGAAGAGUCUCCAGAAAGUCGCCGAGUGGCUCAUGAAGGUUCCAACUGAAGGAAGUCUCGAGUUAGAGAAACCUAACGAAGACACGGAUGAUUCUGACAGCUGUUCCUCCGCUUCAACUAUAGAUAUCAAAAUACACAACAGUCAGGUGAAUCCUAAGAGAGAGGAACGCGCUAAAGCCCUUGAAGAGCAGGUGUUUGGUGCCGUCUACAAACGAGAGAGAAGGGGCAACAGGACCACCAUCUCUCCUCCACUUCAUGUUUUUAUCGAAACACCAACAACCAAAGAAACACGAAUCAUCUCCAAAACAAGGGAGAAGAAGAAGAACACUCUCACUCCAGCUGAUUUUGUCAAGAAGAUGUGCUCUGAAGAUAAAAGCGAUAUGGAAGAAGAGCAACAAGGGAUAGAAGAAGUAAAUGACACUAGCAGUGACAUUGUCACAAAAGCAAAACAGACGGAUGAUGAAGACAAAUACGGGGAAGAGUUGAACAACAUGCCAGAAAGGGACAAAAUUGAUGGCAAUGAUGAUGCUCCAUGUCCUGCGUUGGAUAUUGGACAACAGCUACCAGACAGGAAGUCAAAUAGAAGGACACGUAACAAGCUGCAGCAGGUCGACAGUGAUUUGCAAGAGCAAGCUAAGGCCAAGUCAGAAAGUGCUGAGCAAAGGAAAACUGAGAAGAGGAAAAGUAAAAGCAUGAGGUCAGAAAAAGGCAAGCCUGCUAGAGUGUCGAAACCUCUCGUUCUGGUCGGAGUUAAAAAUGGAGAAACUAGUCCUAAGGCUAGACCGAGGUCAGAAGAAGUCCAAGUUCAUAUUGAGAAUUACCCGAGCAGCGAAGACCAAGAAGUCCCUCUCAUGAAAAGCACCAGGAGAAGUAGGAGACUUCAGCUCUUCACUGAGGAAGUCCAAGAGGGUCACAAGAAAGCAAACUCGAAAGCCAAUAAAGCGGAAAAAGACGGCAGUGUUGCAAAGCAACCCGAGGACGCUAAAGGUGGAGCAUUGGCCGAUCAGGCAUCUCCUCAGAAUGAAGACAUGACAUGGGUGGCUGAGAGAAACGGAUGUAUUUUUGAUCAAGAGUUGGAAGAAAUAGAAAACAUGGAGUCUGGCGAGAGAGCAUCUUAUUUGUGUCCAACGGAAGCUGUUGAAGAGUCCAUCGCUGAAGUGCCAGAUCCUGAAGCGUUGUCUGAAGCUAACGCUGCGUGUCGUGUCGCUGUGGUCCCGAGCUCCACGAGUCCAGCGACAGCUGUGGUAGAGCCAACACUUGAAGGUGACGACCAAAACAAUACUCAACAGGCACAAUGUGCUGAUGAGGAGGAUAAGAAUGACAGUGAAGUGGACACGGAGCAGCUGCUCAAGAGCUUCAAAGCCACUAAGAGAAAAUCUUUCCUUCUCGGCCGUCCAAAUGUGAAAAGAAGCCGUGGUUUAGACGAAGAAAACCUGCCGGGUGCCGAAGCAGAGGGGAACCAGCGAAUUUGUUCUGGGGUUGGAUCUACAAAAAGUCAGAUUUACACAAAGGUACCUGAAAUCACCAACCAAGAGGCGUUAAGAGACACUGAGAACUCAUGUUGGAGUGAUUUUAUCUCCCCUUCUAACUCACCCGCCCACACAAGAAAGCCAGUUAUUGAGAAACCUAAUCCAGUGGUGGUGGAAGCCUCAAUCCCUGACAGUUGGUCAGGUCAAGACAGCACUGGUGGUAACUGUGUCAGUAGUGCCCUCCCUCCUAAUAAAGUGUCAAAGUGUGAUAUCGAGAGUCCUCAUGUGUUAGAUUCUGGCCUCUGCUUCAGAGCCGUGGAACACGAGGAGCGACACGAACCCUCAAAGUAUUCUCAAAUGACGGAGGAUCAGCCGGACUGCUCCGUGAGAGAUGCUGGCAAAGGGAAGGAGAUAGGAGACGCCGCUGAACAUUUUUUAAAUGCGGAGUGUUCUUUAACUCCCGACGGCCUCGGAGUACCAGUGGUACAGAUUGUCCGCAAAGCAGCGUCGUACAGCCACGGCAGCGGAGAGCUGAGCUCCCAUUCGUCCGUCAGAGACGUGCCCAGGAAGAGGACCAGGGCGAGGAGGCUCGAGUCUUCAUACGAGUCGGACUGCAGUGAAGAGGGAUUACCAACUUUGACAGAAAUCUUCAGAACAUCUGCUCCUCCUCCUCCUCUUCCUGCUGUGACAAAGGAUCAGGGAGACUCCGGUGAGGGUGAUACAGCCGGUGGAGCACAACAGUGCCCCAGCCCCGACUGUGGUAAUUCCAGCCAGGGGUCUGUAGACCUGUUUGGCACGCCAGAGGAAUGUAAUGUCCCAGUGAAUAACGUCAGCGUUUCCUCACAAUUCGAAUCAUCACAAUUUUCAAGCGAAGUCCUUGUUACACAGCAAAAGAUAGAGAUGCAGAAGGAGCUGGUGAGGCUGGAGAAGAUGAUGGCUCUGGUGUCGGAGGUGCUGCAAGAGAAAGAAGACAGUCCUGCCAAAGAACGAACCAAUCGGAGCAGACAAACCGCAGACGCUCACAGACUCCUCCAAAGAUCAGACCGAGAAGCUGCUCCAGAAGUAGAGCGAGAGCCGAGCACAAGACCGCCGGAGUGCGGCAGCAUGGCCGAGAUGGCCGUGCAGAGCUCCGCACACACGGGGCCGGGCGUGAAAGGCACCGGAGCCUCCAAGACACCCUGCCCUAGUUCAGCUGCCAAAACGUUAGAAAACAGCGCUUCACCAUCAGACAGGCAAGAAGACAAAGAAAAUACCACUCCUCCGAGAGACAGGAGUAAAACCAAGAUGGUGCUAGUGUCGUCUGGAUUAGACCCCAAUGAACAGAUAAUGGUCAAAAGGUUUGCCAAGCGCGCUGGUGCCCGCGUGGCUUCUAAGGUGACCCCGGAGGUGACCCAUAUUAUAAUGCACACAGAUGAGCAACUGGUGUGCGAGCGCACACUGAAGUACUUCCUCGGCAUCGCAGGCAGGAAGUGGGUGGUGAGCUUCCAGUGGAUUUCAGAGUGCUUCAGACAAAAGGAACUCUUAGAUGAGAGCGUCUUUGAAGUGAGAGGUGACGUGGUGAAUGGACCCGACCACCAGGGCCCCAUGAGAGCUCGUACCAGUGAAGACAAUAACUUGCUCAUGAAGGGCUACAACAUCUGCUUCCAAGGGCCUUUUACAGACAUGACAACAGAUGAACUGGAGUGGAUGGUGGAGCUCUGUGGAGCAGCUGUAGUCAAAGAUCCACUUCUCCUCGACGGUAAACAGAUCUCUCAUCAGCUCGUCAUCGUACAGUCUGGAUCAGAGUCGUCGUCCACAGACAGCAGUCUCUCUAGACACGCUACUGUCGUGACACGUGGUUGGCUGUUGGAUACCGUGGCAACCUACACCCUCCAAAACUACAACAAGUACACAACAUGAGCGGAGGGAUCCAAGUGCAGCUACAGCCGUGACCCAUUUUACAACUUCUGCAUUUUAAUGUCCAACACUGCAUUUAAAACCGUCAUUCAUCGGUUUUCUUUACAAAUCUCUUUGUAUUGUGUUUACAUGACAUGAUGUAUAAAAAGUUUAAUCAACACAA